CAAGUUUUCAAAUCCCCCGCCGACUCAACCCUUUAUCUCCUUUGAGUUUUAUUUCGGGAAUGGUGCCAAGCCAUGGCGGACUAUACCCUCCAGGAGGACUACCGGAGUCGCUUUAAAGACUUUCAAACAGUCGAGAUCCGUCGCGAGGCUCUGGUUCAGGAGGUUCUCGAAACCUUAGAUAUAGUCAAAGCACAGCUUGGUAAUGUGACCAAAGAACGGGCGAGGGAGGUUGCAGUCCUUGAGGCCGAUCUGGAGAGCGAGAGAGAUGCCCGGCGCGGUUGGCAAGACAAGGCUACGACUUUACGCGAGCGGCUGUCGUCAUUGGAACAAGCGCGGUUUGUGGUUGUGUUAGUUGACGCGGAUGCUGAUAUUUAUCUUUUUCAAGAAAAGUAUUUAUCUUGCGGUAUGCAAGGUGGUCAAUCUGCCGCAGAUGACUUCAUGACCAAAGUUAGGGAGUAUCUGGUGUCCCUUGGUCCUGCCAUUAAGGACGCCAAGACAAUUCCGGUGAUUGUCAAAGCGUAUGCCAAUUUAAGCGGACUUGCUCAAGCGUGUAUGCGAGAUAAGAAGGUUGGCUCCGUGGGAGACAUGAGACAAUUUUGGUGCGGUUUUACGAGACGAUAUCCUCUGGUUGACUUCGUGGAUGUUGGUGCUGGGAAGGAAGAGGCCGAUAACAAGCUACGAGAAGUUCUAGCGUUUCAUAUUGUCAAUCCUCAAUGUGAGCAUGUACUGCUCGCCUGUUGCCACGACGCGGGAUACGUACCCGUUCUCAGGCAGUACGCGGCCCAAGCAACACUUUUUGAACGCAUAACGUUGCUCUCGGCCGGGGUGGUCCGACCAGAUAUAGGCGAUCUGGGGUUUCGGACAACACGUAUCUUCGACUCAUUGUUCGGCCACAGUGGAUCCCCUAGAGUAACACCAACCGCUACAAAUGGGAAGAAUGCCCAAAUGCCGCCAGUUACCGUGCAGCAAAUAGUAGACCUUUUCACUAGGACACCUUCCCGCCCUCAGGAGAACCUAGUGAGCAACCCAGUGAGCAACCCAGUGAGCAAUUCGGGAAGGUUACGACCAAUAAUCCGUAACAAUUCUGGGAAGCGCAUUGAUAAGAAAUUGAGUGUUGAGGAGAGUCUCAUUCAAGCAAUGAAGAAACGCAAUUUGUGCAGUUGGCAUUAUCUGCGUGCCGACUGUUUGGCGAGUUCGUGCAAACGGAAUCACUCGUACCCGAGACCGUUGAGUCCGGUCGAGUAUGACGCUCAGUGGUGUAUUGCCAGGCAUGGUUUGUGUUAUCGCCUGCGCAGAGGUAAUAAUUGUGAUGAUGCCCAGUGUAUGUACGGCCACGGUCCUAGUUGAGCUAUUGAAUUGGCUUGUUGGGACCUGGAAACGUGGCACCUUUGUAUCAUAGCACGGGCUCAACAAACGUUAUCGUGGAAGGCGCCAGUGGGUGGGCACUAGGAAGGAAUGGAAUCUGAUAUUCGAUCCACCCAUGAUAACUUCCGAUAUUGCUACUCCAUCUAAAGAUCUCC